CUUUAAUGCUUCUGAUUGAGAUCAUAAAUCAUUUAAAAACGUAGAAGCAGCAAAAUACAAAAGAAAUUGUGCAGAAAAAAUUGGAAAAAGUGCGAAAUUAGCAGCGGAAAAAUAGUCGUCGCAACAGCAGCGGCGGGCAUUGGCAGUCAUACAAAUAUGACAAAAUUUAAAGAUGCACACGACUACAUUUACAUUGGGGACGGCGGCGGCGGCAGCAGCAGGAGAAGCAAUAUCAGCAGAAGCGACAAGAGUGGUAGCAGCUCGUACGUCAUCGCCUCCUCCCACAUUAACGCUCCAACGCGGCGUAGCACCAAAAGCAACCGAAACAAUAGCAAUACGGAGAGCCGCGCACACAGACGCUCACCGACCAGGAGGCCAACUCUUUCACAAACGAUGCUUCCCUAUAACUUCCAGCAGCACCAGUUCGUUGAGCACUAUAAUCAAAGCAGCAGCCUGCACAGAAUGGCUGCAAAUGCACCCAACACCACCAGCAUCACUGCCACUGCCACGACCACAGAAGCGACGACGACGACAGCCGACAUAGCGGGACUCAGCCACAAACAUGGUUCCCAUUCCAGUCACAGCUCCAUCAGCUAUAGCACCUACAAUGCUGUGGGGAGCGAUAGCAUAGACGAUAGUCGAGGGCAAUCGCCACGUGCACAACGUCACUUCCAUCAUCAGCCGCUGCACACCAUGCUCGCUGCUUCUUCCUACGCUGUGCCGACGCUUAACACCGCCCUCACCACAACUGCCACCACAGUGCUGACUGCUGCCAAAGCGGCUGCCACAGCGACAGCGACAACGGCAGCGGAGAAUUUGUAUAGCGGCGUCGCCGUUGGCCUCGGUGCGAUGCUAAUCAACGACACACUGCUGCUGGAGGCGGACACCAGUGGGAAUGGUACGAGUUUGCUCUUCGACAGCGACGACAACGGAAGUGACCUUAUCUUGAAUGGCAGCGUUGGUAAUACGACCAGCGGCAAUGCGACCGCAAGCGAUGAGGAUUUUGGUGAAUUGCUGCGGAUGGCAACCACAUCGGUUGUGCUGGGCCUGGUGAUACUCAUCACAAUAAUUGGAAACGUUUUUGUAAUUGCUGCCAUCAUAUUGGAACGUAACUUGCAGAAUGUUGCCAAUUAUUUGGUUGCAUCCCUGGCUGUUGCUGAUCUAUUCGUUGCCUGUCUGGUGAUGCCACUGGGCGCCGUCUACGAGAUAAGCCAAGGCUGGAUACUUGGACCGGAGCUCUGCGACAUUUGGACAUCGUGCGAUGUGCUGUGCUGUACAGCUUCUAUAUUGCAUUUAGUUGCCAUAGCAGUCGAUAGAUACUGGGCGGUGACUAACAUCGACUACAUUCACUCGCGUACAAGUAAGCGUGUCUUUCUUAUGAUAUUUUGUGUUUGGUCGGCGGCAGUUAUAGUGUCGUUGGCGCCACAAUUCGGCUGGAAGGAUCCCGAUUACUUGCAGCGUAUAGAACAACAAAAAUGCAUGGUUUCACAGGAUGUUGCAUAUCAGGUCUUUGCCACAUGUUGCACGUUUUACGUGCCGCUGCUCGUCAUAUUGGUGCUUUAUUGGAAAAUCUAUCAAACGGCACGUAAACGCAUACACAGGCGACGGCCACGACCAGCCGAUGUGACUGGCAACAAUAAUCAGCCCGAUUUGUCAGCGCAGAAGAAACGCAAACGUCUCAGGUUACGUAUUGGUAAAUUUGCAACACCUCAUACCGGCGCCGCGGGCCAAACAACACUUGGCUUGGUCGAGGGCAACUCAACUAAUACAGUGAACACUGUAGAGGACACCGAAUUCAGUAGUAGUAACGUGGAUAGCAAAAGUCGGGCGGGCGUCGAAUCAACCACGAUGUUCAGCAAUAAUCCCGAAGAGAUUCCAACCACGUCGACCAGUCAAAUAUCGACUGUAUCCCACCUGGUGGCGUUAGCUAAUCAACAGCAUGCAGCAUGCAAAUCAUCCUCAACUGUACUAGAACAACAACAACAGCAUAAAGACAGUAGCAAUACAAAUACAACGCAAACCGCUAUUGCCUCAGAUGCGGCAAUAACAACAACAAUAGAAAACAAUAAGUUGCCACCCACAGCAACCACCAAAGUAUGUAUAGUAGCUCCCAACGACAGUAAUGGCAUUAACUCCACAUCACCUGCGAUAAAUGGUGGCACAACAGCGGUCGCCGUUGCCAAUGGCGCUGCUGAGGUGCUUGAAGAUCCUCAAUUACAACAACAGCUGCACCAAGUGCAGCAACAAGCCGACAUAGCAACGUCAGUUGGAGGAAAGACAGUAGCGCCGCCAGCAGCUUGUGCUUCCAAUGCCACCACAAUCACUUCCAUAUCCGCAUUAUCGCCGCAAACACCAACAACCGGCAUCACCGCAGGCAGCGGUGGUGGUGAUGAACAACUGCAUCCACUGGCGCCCACAACGACGUCAUUGGCCGCCGCAUCCGCCUGCCAGCAGCUAACGCCUACACCCAAGCUGAAAUAUCCACAACCAUUAUCCAGCAUAGCGAAUCCCGUGCACAAAGUGACAAAACGCAAGGAGACGUUGGAGGCGAAACGUGAACGGAAAGCGGCCAAAACAUUGGCCAUCAUCACCGGUGCCUUUGUUAUCUGUUGGCUGCCAUUCUUCGUGAUGGCGCUGCUAUUGCCGUUGUGUGAGACGUGCGAGAUUAACGAUGGCAUUGCGUCGGUAUUUCUUUGGUUGGGUUAUUUUAAUUCAACGCUGAAUCCAGUGAUCUACACCAUAUUCAGUCCGGAAUUUCGACAGGCAUUCAAGAGAAUUCUAUUCGGUGGCCACCGUCCCCAGCACUAUCGCAGUGGGAAAAUUUAAAUACAUAAAUACCAGCCGAGAUAGCAACUGGAGAUGUAACAAAUAUGUAAAAAUCGUCGUGAAAACAGCCACGCUCAACUUGGCAGCAAUCUUAUCUAAAGUCUUAAAGUUUUCAACGGUUUUCCCCAGAUAUUCACAAUUAUUUUCAACUUACUGCAUGGCAGAACUAUGAAGAAAAUAUAAAUGCAAAUGGCAAUAGUCUUUGUUGCACAAAAAUUUAUAAAACUUAUCUCUGCUAAUCUAAGCUAAAUUAAAAAAAAAAAAAAAACAUUACAGUUACAAAUGUUAAAUGCGAAACAAACGCCGCCGCGGGGAUGAGAGCAAUAAGAAACAACACCAAUCAUUGAUUAGUAAAACUAGAAGAUAGACAACAACAACAACAAAAAAAUCAAAAACAAAUAAAACUUUUCUUAUCACAUUGUGCUCAUGUUUCUUAGUAAAAAAACAAAAACAAAAAAUGAAAUAAAUAACUAGAUAAAUCUAAAUGUAAGAUUAGUUGUUAGAAGCCGGUUGUUGCUGGCUUGCAGUCAACUUAAGAUACUAUAAAUUAAAUUUAAAACAAAUACAAAUUAGAGGUAAGUUAAAACAAAUGAAAAACACGAAACUGAAAAUCAAAUUGCUGCUCCUGCUAAAAGUAUUUAGUUAA